GAAAAGUCAGAAAACACCCAUUCAUGGCCACACGCACAAAAGACAAACAAAUCACAGCUGGGUUGUUGAAGAGAAGGGUGUAGAAGCAGAAACAUUUUGCGGAAGGAUUCCAAACAUGUGGGGGCAAGGGCAAUCCUGCUCUCUGCCUCUGUGGAAUCCCCAGGCAGUGAAACUGAAAGCCGGGAUUCCUUUCCUCGUCGUUCCCGGAUUAAUGCGCCAGAGAAGCGUUUCCGUGGCACUGGCCGGAAAUCGAGAUCCGAGGCUGCGGAUUUUACCUCUACCCAAUUGGAAAUCAUCGUCCCCGUCUCCAUCCACUGCAUCUGGGAGUGCCCUUAGCCAGACGCUUUCUUCAGCUCUGGCCCCCAUUCAACUCCUCAAGCUCAAAGCUCCAGGCUUUCGACCCUCCCCUCAACUGGGUCUGCUUUCUCUCCUCUUCGCCCUCUCCAUGGCCAUUGGUGCCAUUUUCUCCCUGGCUGUAAUUUCCAUUCCAACAAUCAACGCUUUUAGAAGAUUGGCAGCUUCAAUGGAUAAAUUGUCCCGAGUUGUCUCAGAGGAGGUACCCGGCACCUUGUCCUCUCUCAAACUUUCUGGGCUUGAGAUUAACGAAUUGAACCUACAACUUAGCAAUCUCAGGUCAAGAAUUUCUGGAAUUCAAGACCCAAAGAAAGUCAGAAACAAUAAGCCCUCUUCUUUUGGAAGGAGGAACUACCCUUGAAGAGGAUUAUGUCAUGCCGUGGUUGAGAAUUGAAGCAUGUUGGUGAAGCUAGGCGCUUCUUUUUGAUAAUUAGUGUCAAGCCAUUGAGGGCAUUCUCAGCCCAUCUAGAAUUUAUUUGCAGAGAACUAACUAUCUCUUCUUCAUUUCGAAUCUCUGCACUUUGUAGAAAACCUUCUUGAAUCUUGUAAAUUGUUGCAAAAGUUGGGAUUGCCAAAUCAGAACAGUAAAAAGUUCAAUUGGAAAGCAGAGUUCAGCGUUUUUGAGAAA